GCGGAUUAACAUUAAUUAUCAUUUUUAUUGUUGUUUGUUUAAUUAAAUCUCUGCUUUGCGGAAGAUACAAGCUACAAAAGCGUGCAGUUCAGCGUACACCGCAUUUUAUAUGCGGACACAAGGUGUAUACUGCGCGAAUCCAAGUGUGAUUAUCUAGUUUCUAGUGAUAACUUGAGCAUCCCAACUUGGGGCCUUCGUUGGCGAUAAAUAGGUUCGAAGCUACGAAUCCACGAUCAACACUACUCCACACAACAGCGUUCCGAUCUUUAACAUGGAAGGAUUAACAUGCACGACAAGUUUUUCGUGCUAUGCGUGCUAGCUUAGUGUCAAAUAUGCCAGUGGUUCUUAAGUGUCAUAAGUGUAAACAAUAAGGCAGAUGUGAAUUGAACUUCGUUUUCUGAAACGUUGAAACAUACAUCAGUUAUUCGAUUCUAUCUCAGUUAAAUAAUCUGGAAAACACAAGUAUUGGAACAUAAAACAAUGUUAUAAUAGAACUAUACAUGUAAAGUGGAGUGCAAAUCGUACACAGUGUUGUUCCUGUGCCUUUCCGUUGUUCACUUGUUUUCAUCAGUGAGGUUUCUACCGAAAGAAUUCGAAUCGAUUAAGAGCCUUAACGCAUCGGCAAAAUUCUCUUAUUGCAUCCAUCAACAACUAUCAUCCAUCAUCUAUCAAAGCGCUGAAUCACAAUUUAAAGGAAUACAUCAACGCUACGAACAAGAUAACAUCGAUCUUGUGAGGGUGUCGCUACCGUUUUGUUGAAAACAUAGAAAGCUGCUGCAGCAAAUACUGCAAGAGUGGCGCUACACUCGACUGAGGCCCUGAUGGCGGGCUUUCUGAAGUCCACUGACCUUGGGCCGCAUCCGCAUGGUUACGGAACCGGUCACCAUCCACAUCAUGCACAUCCGCAUGGACCUCUACCGCCCGGAAUGCCUAUGACAUCAUUAGCCCCGUUUGGUCUUCCUCACGGGCUAGAUGCUGUAGGAUUUCCGCAAGGUAUGUGGGGUGUCAACCCUCGGAAACAACGCAGAGAGCGAACAACAUUCACUAGAGCACAACUCGACGUACUGGAAGCGCUUUUUGGGAAAACGCGAUACCCCGAUAUUUUUAUGCGUGAAGAGGUGGCCCUAAAAAUAAACCUUCCGGAAUCCAGAGUACAGGUGUGGUUCAAAAAUCGACGUGCCAAGUGUAGACAACAACUGCAACAUCAGACGUCCUCCAAUCUUAAUAGCAGCAAAUCUUCGGGAAACAACACGAACGGCUCUGUUCGCCAGUCGAGCAGUGGAUCGGGGUCAGGUGGUGGUUCCUCCAACGGCUCCGCAGGCAGUUCUUCAGUUACCAGCGGUGCCAGUAACAACAGCAGCAAGAACUCAAUCGUGAAUGCUAAUAAUAAACCAACGAUAAAGCACACGCCGAUGAAUAGUCAUAGUCACAGUAACAGUCACAGCCAGGGUGGCAGUGGGCAGCCAGGAGGCUCAUCGGGUGGGGCCGGACCAACGAGCAAUAGCGGUCAGUCUAACGCGGGCGUCUCAAGCCACAACAGCUCUCAGCAUGGGCUAAGCCACAGUAAUGCCUCCCCUAUUCUACCGAUCACUCCAUCAACCUCUGUGAGCCCACCAAUCAAUGUGAUCUGCAAGAAGGAGCAAACCUCAUCCUUCCACCACGGCAGUGCUAACACAGGUAACGAAGCAGCCAUGAAGGCGGCUGCUGCUGCAGCUGGCUAUGAAUUGUUGAAAGAGUCUGAGUUGAACCUUGCACAUCACUCUUCCACCGCUUACGUCAAUAUAAACUCGCGACUAGGCCAGUCACUGGGUGCGGGUAGUGGUAUCCCUGGAACUGUUGGCGGUGGUUCACUCGGUAGUUCGAUUGGUGGAACGAUUAGCGGAGCUAUUGGUGUGGUAGGUAGUGGCGGACUUGGCAAUGGUCCUUCGGCUGCUGGUAAUUUGACCCCACUAGGUUCAAACUCUUCUAUUAUGACUACGCCGUCACCACCGAUUACUCCGCAGACUUCUCACAAUCCCUUGUCGUACGUGCCCAAUCAUGAAACGUAUAACUUCUGGCACAACCAGUACCAACAGUACCCAAAUAACUACAAUGCGCCGUCCUACUACACUCAGAUGGAUUAUUUCAACAAUCAAAACCAAGGGAAUUACAAUAUGGGGCAUACCGGAUACAGCACCUCUGCCAAUUUUGGACUUGCUUCCACAUCGGCUCUUGCUGGUCCCAUGGGUUCACAGACCUUUAGCCCAAACGGUCUCGACUAUAUGAGCCCCCAAGAUAAGUACGUCAAUAUGGUAUAAGCUACAGAAUAGUAAAAGGACGAAAAUUGUCAUUUCUAAUUAAUGUGUUUUACAAGUUUUCUGAUGUACUAGAAAGCUGUUCACCAUAACAUACCAUAUCACGCCAAUUCCAUUUCUGCGUUCUGCUUUGAAAAACAAUUGAGCUCUUACAGCAGCAGCCAAACGAAAAACAAGCUUCAAACCAUAUCAGAAAAUUUAAGAAAGUGGAAUGUUUAGUUUGAACUUUACUUCGACAAAUGUUAAUAGAAAUGAUUGGGUUGUUUUUUCGAAUUUCUCCCAUACCUAGUUCCACACUCUUGCACACUUCAGUGUUACACGUAAUGACGGUAAUAUGACCAAAAAAAAAAAGCUCAGAUACUAUUUAUUUCAUUUGGUUAUGUAUAGCAAAUAUCAACAAAUCAUAUCACUAGUUUUGCUGUCCACCAGACUAUACCUGCUUUCUCGAAGACUUUUCCUUAUACUUAUGCUUUCCUUGUUCAUUAUAUAUGUGCAUAAUUCCAACAGGAAAAAAGUUCCCAUGGAAUACCUCUUCUAUAAAUGAAAUAGGGAAUAAAUAUGUUGUUUCGAAAAUAUAACGAAUAACUUAUACAUAACCUGAAUGUUUUGUGCAAAUCAGUUCUUGCAAGGUUCAUUUUUAAAUUCAUAAGUUUUUUGAGUUUCCACUUAAACUUUAAGAAUGCUAUAAAAAUUGUUUGCACUCGGCUAAUGUUACUGGAGAGAUUAAAAGGUUGAACUACGUACUAAAAUCUGAGAGUUCAGGAAUGAGAUCCGGCUGUAACGAAGUAGUGCAAUUGUAUUUCAACACGGUAUAAACUCUAGCCGAUAGUGAAAAUCGUUGAAAGGCUCGAUAAUUGUAAAAGGAAGCUCUGAAGAAAUUUGAAAAGCAAGCAAAGUACAAGAACAUCAUAGAUAAAAAGUUAAAAUUUCUUCAAAACAUAUCUCUGGUUCAUACUUGGUAUGAGCGCGGUAAAAUUCAUAGUUUGAAUGUUUUUCAAAAAGUGAAAGAAUUGUCAUUACGUCGUGAACCUUUCAAGUUCAAUAUCCAUGAACUCCCAUGCAUAUAAGCCAUAAGUUAUUCGUGUGAGACAACGUACGAGAACAAAAAAUAUAUGUAGGUAUAGCGGUGGAAGCGAGAUUCGCAAAACAAUGUAUGGAAAUUUAAAACAAAUCUCUAACACUAGGAAACACUAUUUUUCUCUUUUCCUUAACGGAACGAAAAUGGCAAAGAAAGCGAAAAUAGUAAUAAAAAAGGAACAGAUAGAAUCAGAGUGAGACACGCUACCAUUCACGCCAUUCAUGGCGAAGUUGGACAAAAAAUGUAUGCUAAGGAAAGCGAUAAGAAAAAUAAACCAUUAAGGGAUGUUAGAUUAAGGCGCUAUUGUGAGUUUUAGGAAUCAGAUGAAUAAUAGGGUUUUCUGUAAAAUAUGGAAUGCAUUGAGUUUAGUUCGAGCGUAAGACGAUCAUUGUUUUCAUUUGUGACAAGGGAUUUGUUUCCAGCACACAGAGAGAUAAACAAUUAUUAAGUUCAGUAAUAGUUCCAUCAAUCUAGGAAAAUCCACAUUCGAAUGUUGGAGGGGAUAGAAAAAAAAACUCCAACUUGAGCAUAAACCCAAAUCUUUUUCAAAAAGAACAAUCGGAUACUAUAUUGAAUGCAAACGAUGUUAAUUGCUGAGCUGAAUUCAUGAACGCAUAUUCCAUUUUAUGGUGGAGCUAGAAGUCUAAAAGUUGUAAAAAUCGUAAAUUCGAACUGAUGAAGCGAAAAAGUAUCACGCUCAUAAAAAAUCAAAGCAAAAGCAUUUCUCGGAUAGCCAGUCCUCGUCGUAGAAAACAUAUUUUCCAGAAAUGUCACAUCCUAACUAAUCACUCCAUUGCUACCAGCUCACUGUUGUAUAUAGUAUUCUAUCGUAUUAUUGAAAAGCGUAUUAU